AUGACACCAUGGGAAUUCCGUGUCUCCGCAUAUACUCUUCUCGCCUCCUUCUUCCUCCGUGUUUCUAGUCGACAAGUCAACGUUACUAUCGACGACGAGUUCGGAGACGACAUCACCGGAGCAAAACCAGUAUAUAGCCCCGACACGGGCUUGUGGACCCAAGGAUCCACGUGCACCGGAUGCGGUGUCAGAUCCAUCGCAUAUCCACAGGGAGAAGUCCAGGCAAGCCAGGCAUUCCACGGGACAUGGCAUGACGCUACCUACUUAUCGGGAUACGGAUCACCGUGCGCGGUCACGCUGACGUUCAACGGUACCGCGGUCGUCGUCUUCAACCUCAUCGCCAACGCCGGCGUCGAGCAGACGAACACGAACACCAGCGUCGACUUCUUCCUCGACGGCGCGCUCGCAGGCUCGUACUUGCACGAACCGGACUCUGAGGGGCCUUCAGUUCUGUACAACGUUCCCGUCUUCUCCAAGUCUGGACUCCCCCACCAGCCACACACACUCGUCAUGCAGGCGGACACGACGACGUUUUCACUCAUACUCUUCGAUCAUGCCAUCUACACAGUCGACGACGGCUCAGACGUCAAUGACGACCACGUCGACCACGUCGAAUGGCCCAAAUGGCACCCUAACGAGCUCGACGAAUAUUUCAAGUAG